AUGCCAUUCCCAAAGCUGACUCAGUUACAGUUGAGGUUCACGGCUUCCUUUGCAGCCUCUAUCUUUCUUCUACUCCUAUAUCUGAGCCUUACGAAGCCUCACUUUGCAUAUGCUUUGCAACUUGACCCGGAAGCACCGAUCGAGGACCAUAGCCUCUUUGGUCUUCUCCUCGAAAGGGGACUCGAGGAGGACGCUGUCGAAUUCGAUGAUGACAUUAAACUGGAAGUGAGGGCAGUGGAAGGGGUGUUAGCAUUGUCAAAUAAUGCCCCACAAAACAAAAAUAUAAAUAUUGGUGAAGUACAGCACUGGGUCUUCACAAAGGACGAAAUUGAUGGUCCACAUGGAACACCUGGGCCCGGGCUACCCAGUGACAACUUGGCCAAGCGACUCGUUGAGGUCGACGUACACGAACUUAAGAAGCGACAGCAGAGCAGCAAAGUCUACAUCACCCUUAAUACCUGCUUGCAGCCCUCGACCAACUCCUCUAGAGGAGACUCGGAUGAUGCCAUACCACCUCAGCUACAAAUUUACUUCUCUAUGUCCGACUCAAACCCGAAACCCGGGCCUGGUGUCAAUGAUCCAAAUCAACGGAAUAUACAGGUCGAUGCCGGUUAUGGCUACCUCGAGGUAGAUGCGAAUAGUGACGUAUAUGUUGGCGUGGCAGCACCUAAUACGACAGCCUUUGGUGGCAUUUGGAACUAUGAGGUGGCCGCAUCGAAUGAUGCACCUUACCAUUUUGCUCACCCUGAGCCGAACUUAUUCUUUGUUGACGGUGACAAUCACGCAGCACUCCUGAUCACCGAUGAUUUGACAGAAGCUGCGCCCAACGAGACUGUUUUUAAAGAGUGGAUGGGCCUCAGCCCAGCGCCUUGGGGAGUGUUUGCCGCCGAUCAGAAGGACCGCUCCAUCCUUGGUCUUAAGAACUCUUUUUGUGGCCUCAAGAACAAUGUUCGCCUAGCUGCCAAUAUUGAAGGCACUCAAACCCAAAAUAUCGCCCAGAUGACCAGCAGAGGCUUGGGUGGCAAGCCCAAGGAGCAAUUUUACAUCACUGGUCUCAACGCUAGUUCGCGAUACUGGGGCAUGUUGGUGAUGCAAGGCAACUCUACAGAUUCUGGCGUGGGUGUCAUUGGUGGUGGCGGCGCAGUUUGGGCUGCCAUCGAAUUUGGCACAAAAGCUGAAGACAAUUGCGCUUUGAUGUACAAUCUUUCGUUCUGUUCCGAGGUUGCCUAUGCGGUGCCCACCAACCCAGACACAUUCUCUCCAUCCACCGGCCUCCCCGAUCUUGCGGCGCUCUACGACUCUCACGCCGCUCAGAUGUACCAAUAUUUCAAUUACUCCUUGCAACAAAUACCCUGCAACGCCUCUUCAUCUUCACAAUACUCGCUUGCUCGAAAUUGUGACGAUUGCGCCCGUGCAUACAAGCAAUGGCUCUGCGCUGUCACGAUUCCACGCUGUGCGGAUUACAGCAACACCGAUGCGUGGCUGAAGCCGCGUAAUCUAGGCCAGGCGUUCGCCAACGGCUCUACCAUUUCUGACUCGGCACACUUCAAUGGCGAUCAAGCGCUCCUUGUUAAUGUAGCAACGAAUUCUUCUCGCAAUCCAAUCAUCGACGAGUUCAUCAAACCCGGCCCGUACAAGGAAGUCCUGCCAUGUGAAGAUCUAUGUUACGACCUGGUCCAAAGUUGCCCAGCGAGCUUCGGCUUCGGAUGCCCCUCGAGAGGCGCAGGCUUUGAGGACAGUUAUGGCACCAGGAGUAACGACUCUGGGUUAAUCACGUGCAGCUAUCUGGGUGCCGCGUACUACCUCAGCGGGACCCAGCGGUCCUCUGGAUAUGCCGGGCUUGGUGGUGCCGUUGUCUUGGCUGCUACGGCGGCAAUGCUAAACAUGUUGUAG